ACUUAAAAUUGUCGGGAUCUGACCUCCAUUUAUAGUAAUGUGAUACCGUUUGGCCGUCUCUGCAGUGUAAAGCCGCAGCCUAAAGUUUGCGGAAAAAGGGGAAACGGUGUGGGCAGCGAACUUGAAAGAUCUUUUCAGGCUCGGCUGGGAACUGAUGCAGUUCCUCCUGCAGAAAAAGUCAAAUUCAGUAAGAGCAUAAACAUAUUCGAGGAAAAAUAAAUGGUGGUUCAACUGUUUCGCUUGUCCCUUUCGAGAGGAAAUAAUCUAGACGUGGAACUAAAGCGAUGGAAUACCAGACCUUGAGAAGUCAGCGACACGGCUGCUGCGCUCCUUUAGUCCUUAUGGUGUCGGUGAUCAGUGUAUUUUUCGCGGGGAUGCAAGAAACUGCAGCAUUUACCACUUGGACCAUGGAGGAAGAAGCUGAGCCCACCGGCGUGUUGAUGAUCGGGAUCGGUAAAAACCUGCAUUCCCGGGUGCUGAAGCUCUCCAGGAACAAGCGCUACACCCUCACCCCAGAAAAGCUCAAGUGGGACAAAUUCAAGCUGACAUACAAGCUGCUGUCAUUUCCGAAGAACUUAAUGAACGCUAGCGAUACACGGAAAGCCUUUGCCAAGGCCUUCAUCAUGUGGAGUGACGUCUCGCCCUUCAGCUUCCGGGAGGUCCCUGCCGGCGAGGAAGCUGACAUCAAGAUAGGCUUUUACCCCAUUAACCACACCGACUGCCUGCAGUCCUACCUGCACCACUGCUUCGACGGCAUCACUGGAGAGCUGGCCCACGCAUUCUUCCCUCCCAAUGGGGAGAUACACUUCGACGAUGAUGAGUACUGGAUUCUGGGAAACAUGCGGUUCAGCUGGAAGAAAGGGGUGUGGCUGACAGACCUGGUCCACGUGGCGGCUCACGAGAUCGGUCACGUCCUGGGCCUGAUGCACUCUCUGAACCCAAACGCCAUCAUGCACUUGAAUGCCACACUGACGGGACGAAAGCUCAUCACGCAGGACGAGGUGUGGGGCCUGCAUAGACUCUAUGGAUGUUUAGACAGACUGUUCAUUUGCUCUGCUUGGGCACGGAAGGGCUAUUGUGAAAGCAAGCGGAAGCUCAUGCAGAAGCACUGCCCUUCCAGCUGUGAUUUCUGUUACGAGUUCCCCUUCCCCACAGUGGCUCCCACCCCCGUACCCCCCCGGACCAAACACAAGCUGGUGGCAGAGGGGAGGAAGCUCACCUUUCGCUGCGGGAAGAAAAUCGCCGCAAAGAAAGGCAAAGUUUACUGGUACAAAGACGGGGAGCUCCUGCAGUUCUCCCACCCAGGCUACAUCUCCCUCAAGGACGACCACAUCAGCAUCGUGGCCAACGCCAUCAACGAGGGCCUCUACACCUGUGUUGUGAGGAAGAAGAACAAGGUGCUGACUAACUACUCCUGGAGGCUACGGGUACGCUUCUGAAGAGCCCCCGACACCCCCCCACAGAGACAUGGAAGCACCUGGACCCUGAGAGCAGACGGACAGCGCACACCUGGGCAGCAAAAUCAAAAUAAAAGAGUCAUAACUUUUA